AUGCUUUCACAAGAAAUCACAGAAACUAAUAUUGGUUCUUCUAAGAAUUGCUCCAAUAUCAUUAGGCACAACAGUUCACCUGCUGAGUUUUUCUCCAAUUAUUCACAUCAUAAUGAUACUAUGAAUUUCUCAUAUAGACAAUCCUCUUGCACUGUCAACAUGCCACAAAUUGUUGAAAAUGGUCAACAUGAAGCACGUAAAAACAUUGGAAAAUGUUACAUGCCUAGCUUUACCAAUGAAUAUUUGGCUACUUCUACAUUCAGUGCCCCAAAAACAUCUACAAAUAAUGGUGAAAUCAUGUUUUCCACUUCAAAUGCUUUGGAAACUCAGGAUUUAGACUUUGGAUUCCAAAAACUUGGUUUGAGCCACCAUUCGAGUCUACCAAGCUCUUCUAAUAAGAUGACUAGUAUGGAGAAGUUUCUUCACAUUCAAGGAACUGUUACAUGUAAAAUUCGUGCCAAAAGAGGAUUUGCAACUCACCCAAGAAGCAUUGCAGAGAGGGAAAGAAGAAUAAGAAUUAGUACAAGAAUAAAAAAAUUGCAAGAGCUUUUCCCAAAUUCAGAUAAGCAAACAAGCACAGCUGAUAUGUUGGAUGUUGCAGUUGACUACAUUAAAGAUCUCAGGAAACAACUUAAGUCCAUAGACAAUAUAACUUGGAAACCUGUCAUUAAAGGUUGGAGAAAUCCUGAGAUUACUUUUCAAGAUGGUACAACAAGUUUGAAGCCUGAUUGGUCCAAAGAUAAAUGUGAAGUAGUUCUUGCAAAUGAAAAAGCUUUGAAUACUAUAUUCACUAGUGUUGACAAAAACAUGUUCAAACUAAUCAACACUUGUAUUGAAGCUAAAGAGACUCGAGAGAUUCUCAAGACUUCUCAUUAUGGCACAUCCAAAGUGUGCAUGUCAAGGUUGCAGCUUCUCACUACACAGUUUGAGAAUUUGUGA